CUCUCCUUCAGUCUACUAUCCUUCUAUUUUUCGAAGUUGACAUCUAGUGCUUUCAUCUUAUUAGCCUGCUGUGGUCGACGUCGUCUAUCCACCAUGGCUCAAGAUCCUCGAGUUCUCCUGCAGCGCGCCGAUAAAGCAUUGAGCAGUGCAACCGGCGGCUUCAGCUUUUUCGGCGGUCGCACGGAGAAGUAUGAGAAUGCAGCAGAUCUCUACACCCAGGCUGCGAAUGCUUUCCGGGUGCAGAAGCAGAACAAGGAAGCCGGUCUUGCGUUCGAAAAGGCCGCCUCCAUCCAAAGCCAGAACCUGAAUGAGCCCGAUGACGCCGCAAACUCCCUGACCGAAGCUUUCAAGGUCUACCGGAAGUCGGACCCCGAAGAUGCCACGCGGGUGCUCUCCUCCGCGAUCCAACACUACGUACUAAAGGGCAACCUGCGGCGCGCGGCCACGCAGCAGCAGUACCUGGCGGAGGUUUAUGAGGUGGAACUGGGCGAUACCAAGAAGGCUCUGGAAGCCUACGAGAAGACGGCGGAAUGGUUUGAGAGUGACAAUGCCGAAGCUUUGGCGAACAAGCAUUUCCUCAAGGCGGCUGAUCUGGCCGCCCUCGAAGGCGACUACUACAAGGCCAUCCAGCAUUACGAACGCAUCGGCCGUUCGUCCAUCAGCAAUAACCUGAUGAAGUGGUCCGUUAAGGACUACUUCCUCAAGGCUGGUAUCUGCCAUCUGGCCUCGAAUGACCUGGUCGCCACGAACCGCGCCCUCGAAAGCUACCGCGACAUCGACAACACAUUCGCUUCGACGAGAGAACACCAGUUACUCGUGGACCUCACGCAGGCCGUCGAAGCCGGCGACCAAGAAACCUUCGCCGACAAGCUGUUCCAGUUCGACCAGCUCAGCAAGCUGGAUAAGUGGAAGACCACCCUUCUGCUGCGGAUCAAGAACAGCAUCGAGGAAGCGGGCGAGGAUUUCUCUUAGAUUCCCUAAUUUGCGUGUUCAGUUUUUCCUUUCUUGCGUUGUACCUGCCUUUACGUAUUCGUCUACUCCUCUUACCUCCGAAUGUUGUUGGUGCCAUAAACUCGAAAUGUCCACCGCGUUUCUCUUCUGUUUAGCUUUGGUUGCACAUGAUGUUAGAUGCUGUCAUGAUCAUUGGUCUGAGCUGAGCUGAGCUAUGCCAUAUAAUCGUCUACUGAUAUCGAAAAUUGGAUCCUGCAC